AUGCAAGCGAUGCAAAUUUAUGUUGAACUUUUCUUUCCAGUCGAUAUUAUGAAUGCAAGAAGGAAGGAGAAGGAAGAAAACUUGAAUGAAUCAUGCAUAGUCAGAUGCAGUAUGACGAUGGCACAAGGAAAAUUGAUGCUGUUUCCAUAUUUAUUAGAACACUUCUUGACUUUAUCUAUUUGA